AUGCCAAAGAGACGCGUAGCACAGUCCGACGAUGACUAUAGCGAUUCCAGCGAUGCGUAUGAUCCAGCAGCUUCCAGCCGUAAAUCGAAGGCGAAUCCGAAGAGGGCACGGACCGGGACAGUCUCGAAACGCAUUGCAAGCAAGAAGCGCACUCAAGAUGCAUCAGACGUUCGAGGCACCUCGGAUGAUGGCGACAGUGCGAGCAGGCUAGCGGAGACGCGUCCUCAUCCACUUUCUGUCCACACAAUAGCGGAUUCAGAGCCGAUACGGGAGGCACUCCUCGAUUGGUACUCAGGCGUCCACGAGACCCGUGGUAUGCCCUGGAGAAAGCCCUUUGAUCCAGCAUUCAAUGAUGAGCAGCGAGCUCAGAGGGCGUACGAGGUAUGGGUAUCAGAAGUCAUGCUGCAACAAACACAGGUUGCGACCGUAAUACCCUACUACAAUAGAUGGAUGGCAAAAUUCCCCACAAUCAGGGACCUUGCAGCGUCCGAUAUAGAGACCGUGAACAGCGUCUGGAAAGGUUUGGGGUACUACUCACGCGCCGCUCGCCUUCUCACUGGCGCCCGAAAGGCCGUUGAAGAGUUCGGAGGAAGACUGCCUGAUAACGCGAAGAACAUGGAAGCGAAGGUCCCUGGUAUAGGUAGAUAUAGUGCGGGUGCCAUCUGUUCAAUUGCUUACAAUCAAUGCGUGCCUGUCUUAGAUGGGAACGUGCAUAGGCUUCUCAGUCGUUUACUCGCAUUACAUGCUCCCCCAAAGAACAAACAAACGCUCGACGUUUUAUGGAGAGGAGCAACUGUCAUGGUAGAAGAUUCCACAUGUCCUGGGGAUCUGAACCAAGCUCUCAUAGAGUUAGGCUCCACCGUAUGCAAAGCUCGCGACCCUAGCUGCAGUUCAUGCCCUGUGCAGCCAUGGUGUCUUGCAUUCAAAUAUCAACAUAACUCCGAGGGUCAGUCAGAAGGCGCUACAUUGAAGGACGCUGGAGAACUGGUAGAUAUCGAAGAACUCUGCGUGCUCUGUGAAACACUGCCGGCAGUCGGUCUGGUGACCGAUUUUCCAAUGAAGAUAGAGAAGAAAAAGGCCAGAGAAGAGCUCGACAUAGUGAACGUUAUCGAAUGGCGCCGCUGCGCUGAUGGUGACCGAUGGUUCCUGCUCGUUCGGCGUCCAGAAGGCGGUCUCCUGUCGGGAUUGCAUGAAUUUCCCACUGCGCCGAACGUCCCUGUGACCAUAUCGUACCCUGCGCAAAUCCAGAUCGCAAAUGCCGUCUUGUCCGAUUUGCUCGCCUGUCCUCCCCAAGAUGGGCAGGAUGGGUCCCACGCAGGAACUUCGGAGGAUUGCACUCUCGGGGAAAGCGCCGGUACAGAAUGCUCGAGCUCACGCACUCUACGGAUCGUGAAAACUGAACCCGCAGGAGAUGUCAUACACGUCUUCUCCCACAUCAAGAAGACAUAUCGGGUGCAAUGGGUCGUCUUGGAGGGUGGCGGAGAUGAACCUCCGUUCCUGACCCCUCUAGCCCCGUCGUUCGGCACCACUGCUAGGGCCAAGGGCAGAGCAGAUGGAACACAGAAGGCUUUCCGAACAGUAAAGGCCAAUAAGACCCAAGAAAACGGUCGGUCGGUAGCAGGGCAAGCGACAUGGAUGCCUCUGCGGAACGUCGCCGGCGCAAACAUCGGCACUGGCGUGCUCAAGGUCUGGAAGCGGGUAUGCACGCUGUGGGACGAUAACGCUCGCGAUCAAGCGUAA